UCUCCUCCCAGCCAACAUGUCAGUCUCCUUGGCAACAGACACAUACCCAUCCAUCGACUGGCCGGUGGUCUCUGUGACCCCGGCGGGUAACAAUGUCACUGAGUUGGAGCGGGACGCCUUGUUGGCGGUGGCCGAGGUGGUUGUGCUGGCGGUCAUCUUGGUGAUGGCCUUGCUCGGCAACGGGCUGGUGCUGGUGGUGUUGCUAAGACGGAGACGACACCACAACCCGCUGCACCAGUUCAUGCUCAACCUCUGUCUGGCUGACCUGGUGGUGGCGCUGUUCCAGGUGUUGCCUCAGCUGGUGUGGGACGCCAGGGGUCGCUUUCCUGGCCCGGACUUCCUGUGUCGCCUGGUGAAAUACCUACAGGUCCUUGGGAUGUUCGCCUCCUCUUACAUGAUCGUCGCUAUGACAGCGGACCGCCACUACGCCAUCUGCUGCCCCCUGCAGGCGCAUCGCAAUGGGGCUACCCAGCGGCGGAACUCCUUCAUACUGCUGGCCUGGGGACUAUCGCUGCUGCUCAGCCUGCCACAGGUUUUCAUCUUCUCGCGUUCAGAAGUGGCUCCAGGUGUGUAUGAAUGUUGGGGAAACUUUGCUGAGACCUGGGGCCUCAAGGCCUACGUGACCUGGAUGACCCUAGCUGUCUUCAUCCUCCCUGUCCUCAUCAUCACUGUCUGCCAGGUGCAAAUCUUCAGGGAGAUCCACAACAGUCUGUACCUGAAGUCAGAGUGCCGCCUGUCCCCCGCCUCCCUCCCUCCAUCCAGACGGGACAGUCAGAGAGGAGGAGGAGGAGGCAGCAGAGGGAGGUCCAGUGUCUCCCUGUAUGUUUCACCGCUCGUGUUCAACAACCCCGGGACUCACACCGGCUUUGAACCUGGAUCCACCUACCAGCACCUUCCUAUGGGUCCACUCAGGUCCAACAGCAUCACUUCACACUGUGAUAUUCACACCUACACAGCUGUUCAUCCAGCUGAGCUGCAGCCUGACGUGCUGCCCGACCCUGCAGUUCCCUCCACUGUCUGCUCCCCCCCGCCGGUCAAAGCCGCCCCCGCCCGGGGAGGAGAGGUGACAGCGGCCAUGUCCAAGACGGUGAGGAUGACGCUGGUCAUUGUGCUCGUCUACUCGCUCUGCUGGGCCCCGUUCUUCAGCGUCCAGCUGUGGGCCGCCUGGGACCCCAACCCACCUCAGAGCGGUGCAGUGUUCACCCUGCUGAUGCUACUGGCCAGUCUGAACUCGUGCACCAACCCCUGGAUCUACUCGGCCUUCUCCAGCAGCGUCUCUCCGGAGCUUCGUCUGCUGCUGCUCUGUCGCUCACACACACUCCGCCGAGGCUCUUUACCCAACGACUCCACGGCCACACACACCUCCAACUACUGAACUAUACACACAACCAACCAACCACACCACAGAGGGCUACAUCUCAUCAUGUGACACCGAAACACACAACCGAGUCCUCAUCCUUUGCUCUCUGUAGAAUACAACAAAACUAGAGCGCUGAGUUUUCCACAUGUGAACAUGUUUAUUACUGUUAAAGAAAUAGUUUGACAUUUCGGGCUUAUUUGCUUUCUU